UAUCCACAUCCAUAUCCACUCCACGCUGAACUCCCCGAAUUUGGCGCCAUUUGGUACGGGAAAAACAUGACAGAGAAAACUCUCCAGUAGGCUUUUGAAAGUAGCAGCGGCUGCUGAAAAUCUCGAUCGGUUGAGCGACUUGUCGGCCUCGCCAUGUCUAUGCUAGAAAAGUUGCAAAUCCAAGGCAUUCGGAGCUUCGGACCGACCGACGCCAACAAGCAGAUGAUGUCGUUUUUCUCUCCGCUGACCCUCAUCCUCGGCAGCAACGGUACGGGCAAGACGACCAUCAUCGAAUGCCUGCGCAACGCGACAACGGGCGACCUUCCCCCCGGCCAGGGCAAGGUAUUCAUCCACGACCCGAAGUUGAACCACGAGACGGAGGUCAACGCCUCGAUCAAGCUGAGGUUUCAAGACGUCAGAGGCGAACCGUACGUUGUGAAUCGGCUCUUUCUACUGAAACAGAACAAGAACAACACGACCUUUAAAACGGUCGACGCAAAUAUCGUCCAUCGGGACCAGGAGGGCAACAAGACGACUGCCACCUCUAAGUGCUGCGACAUCAACGCUACCGUCGUCGAACUCUUGGGCGUUCCUCGCGCCAUUUUGGAGAAUGUGAUCUUCUGCCACCAGACUGACUCCAACUGGCCGCUGUCGGAAGGCCAGACACUCAAGACCAAAUUCGACAACAUCUUCGCCGCCACACAGUACAUCAAGGCGCUCGAAAAUAUUCGUAAGCUGCGGCUGGAGUACAACCAGGGCAUCAAGCUGCUCAGCGAGAGCACAAAGUACCUCAAGGCCAACAAGGAGAAGGCAGACGAGUACGAAGAGGAGAUCGCCAAGGAUGAGAGGAAGCUCGCCGACUGCAUCGGGACGCUGCAAGACAUAGAGACCAAGCUCGAACCAGUGCACCUCGAAUGGAAAGAGAUGGAGAAGAAGGAAGACGAGGCGCGUAACUUCCACAGCAAGCUCUCCUCGGAGAGAGACCAACUUGAUUACACCAGGAAUGAGAUACAGCGCAUCACCCGAAACCUAAAGGAGGUAUACCCAGGAUCGACUGAAGAGCUCAAGCAAGACAUUGAAAACUUUGAGUCCAAGCUGCUCGAGGACAAGACAUCGCUCGACAAGCACAAGAAAGAACUGCAAAAGCUUUGCUCGCAAAUGAGCGAUGUAGCUGAAGAACAGGAGAAGCUGCUGCCCGCUCUAGGUCGUCUGGAGAGUGAGAGGACAGCGGUGGAGGAGACCUCCCGUAAAGUGGAACGAAAGUCUGAGAGCUUGAACCAGAAGCUGUCUCUGGGAGUUACCCUAUGCCGAGAGGACUCGCUAGAGAAAAAGGUAUCUCUCGUAGUGUCUUGCCUUGACAACAGGGUGAGUGACCUUCAGCUCAACUUUGAAACGACGAAGGAGAAGCGUGAAGCUCACGAGAAAAGUCUGCAGGACAGCAUAGACUCUGUGCGAGAGUGGAAAUCCAAAUCUGAGCAGAAGCGGGAGUCGACGCAGAAGCAAAUUGCCGACAACCAAAAAAAGAUCAUGGUGAUUCGUAAAGAACUGCUGCAAGCUGAAGGUUAUUGUUCUGAAAUCAGGGAACUCGAGGCAGAAAUUGGAAAAUUUGAGGAUCAACUUGCGUCCCUGGAGAGGGAGCUUCCUAGUGACCAGCUCAAGGACAAGAUUGCGGACAAGCAGAGAUCGAAAGACGAAAUCACUGAUAAGCUGGAAAACCUCAACAGGGAGCUCGCAAGUGCACAGAAGUUCAGCAAAGAGCAGUCUGAGCUUGAGCACAUUAGGCAAGAGUUGAGUGAAAAGAUUAAGUCGCUCGAGCAAGCUAAAGUUGAAAGUGAGCACAAGUUCAUGGAGCUCCUGGGAACUUUUCCGGCCUCAGAUUAUGCUAAACAAGUAAACGAAAAAAUUUCAUCCCUCGGCUCCGAAGUGAGUUCACUUCGCGACAGUGUCACCAAGUUGCGGACGACGGAAAGCUCCCUGGAAACGAAGCUAAAAAUGCUGGAAGAUGAUCUCAAGAAAAAAGAAAAGGAGCUUGAUAAAAGCAGAAAGAAGGUUGUCAGUGUGUGUGGUUCGGAAAACUUGGAUGCCAGCAUCCAGCAGUUGAAGCUCGAGAUGACGAAAAUGCGUGACGAGAAGGGCUUCAUCACAGGAAGCGCAUUCAUGUUUCGGAAGUACAUUGAACGCAUGAGACAGACCCCCUGCUGUCCUCUGUGCAAGAGGCACUUCGAAGAGCUGGAGUUAGUCAACAGGCUUAUUGAAGAUCUGGAAAAAAAGAUGAGAAUUCUUCCUGAAGAGCUGAACAAAAAGACCAGAGAAAUUGAUGACAGAGAACACAAGUUCAACGACAUGCAAAGGUUAAAGGGAGAAGAAGAGAAGAUGUCGAAGCUGAAGAACAAUGAGUUGCCCGAGGUGAAGGCGAAAAUUCUCAAUGCAACAACCGAGCGUGACAGGUUGAUCAGCUUAAAAGCAAGCAAGGAAGAGCAACUUGACAUGAAGAUCUUUGAUUUGGAGAUGGCCCGGUCUCUCUUGGGCGAAGCCGAGACAAUGGAUCGGCUGUCUCGGGAAAGAGAUGUGCUUCGCCGUCAGCUAGACAGCAAAUCUCCAAAUGUCCAACGACUCAAGCAAGGUCGAACCAUGGAAAACAUUAUGGCAGAGAUUCGAGACCUCAAUGGUCAGGCAAGAGAGCUGGAGUCAACCAUGCUUGAUUACCGUGCAAAGCAGGACCAAUACCACAGCUUGGGAAUGUCUCUGAAUGCUGCUCGCAGUAAGAAGCUGCAGCUAGAAUCCAAGAAGAAGGAAGAGUCUCGUCUCAGGAAACAGAAGACGGAGCUGGAAUCGGAAAGUGAGAACCUCAAAUUGUUUCUUGACCCACUGAUGAAGGAGAAGGAAGAACUUCAGAAGGAACUUCAAAAGGCAGUCUGGGCCAAGGAGAGUGCUGUCAACGAAACUCGGCGUUUGUUAGAGGAUUUGCGGUCGGAACUAAGUGUACGAGUACUCGAACGGGAGGACCUGAAGAAGCACUUCGACAAGGUUCAGGAAUACUUCCAGAGCAAUAAUCCUGAAGAGCUGCAGGAUGUAAGAAAAAAGCUGGAUGACCUCAAAGGGGAAAUUGAACAUCUUCAGCUGGUUAGAGACGAAAAAACAGCACUCAUCGACACUCUGGAAAAGAAGCUGUCUAGGCAAGAGCUGAGGGAGCGUGAGCUGAAGGAUAACCUUCACCUGCAUAUGCUUCAAGUGCAGAGCGAGCAGCACAAAGUGAAGAUUGAUGAAAUCAAGAAUCAGAUGAGAAGCUCGGGCCUUGUCAAUUUGGAAUCGGAAAAGAAAAAGAUUGGCGAGAAAAUCAACAAGCUUCGAGGUGACAGGAACUUCUCGGAGAGCAAGAAAGGAGAACUCAAGGUUAAGAUUGAUGCAGCGAGACGAGAGCUGAGUGGUCAUUUCAAGGAUGCUAAAAAGAAGUAUAUGACAGCUCUUUGUGAGAAAAGUGUGAAGGAUUAUAUCAGCAAGGACCUGGACAUGUAUUACAGGGCAGUCAACUUUGCUGUUCUCAAGUACCAUGAACAGAAAAUGAAGGACAUCAACAAAGUCAUCAAGCAGCUUUGGCAGGACACCUACAGCGGGGAUGACAUUGACUAUGUCCAAAUCCGGACAGAUGCGGAUGAAAAGGGCUUGGAGAAUUCUAGAAGAGCCUACAACUACCGUGUCGUGAUGAUGAAAGGAAGAAUUGAACAGGACAUGAGAGGCCGCUGCAGCGCAGGCCAGAAGGUGCUGGCGUCCCUCAUCAUUCGAUUGGCAUUGGCCGAAACCUUUUGCCAGAGCUGUGGGAUCCUGGCACUCGACGAGCCUACAACCAACCUAGACCGGAGCAACAUAAAGGGCCUGGCGCUUUCUCUGGCGAAGAUAGUAGAGGCCAGGAUGCGCCAGCGCAACUUCCAGAUGAUUGUCAUCACGCAUGACGAAGAGUUUCUUCGCCUUCUGAGCCAAAGGAUUUCGGUGGCAGAGUAUUUCUACAAGGUUGAGAAGACAGACAUGGGCUACUCCAAGCUUCAGAAGGCUCGCCUGGGAACGAUUAUGUAGCCUUAUGAGCCGCAAGAUCAUCUUUCCCUAAAACGUGUUAUGGUGCGUUACUUUUUGCAAGUUUUGAUAUUUAAAUAAAAUAAAACGUUCCACUU